AUGGCCGAUAUCAUUGGGUAUCUCUUCUUUCUUUUAGCGCUAAUUAAACCACUAAAUGCCGUCUUUUCAGAUGAGGCCUAUAUUGUGGAUUGGCAAUUACAGAACUUAGGCUCAGCAUAUAAAUGUGUUAUGGCUGAUGAGGAAAGCAAUCAUUUAGCAAUUGUGUCCGAAUGGAGGGAUCAAUCGCUUUUAAGUUUCCUUGACAAAAACAGUGGAUCGAUCAUAUUUAGGGAAUUGCUUCCAUAUCAUAUCCAAGAUGUCAUGCAUAUAGGAGAUGAAAUUUACUUAUUAAAUGAGGACGGAAUAGUGGAUGUCUACGAUAGUCAACAUGGUUUCAAGAAGGAAGUCGGUGUUGAAGUGAAAGAAUUCCAAUCCUCGUGUAAUCCUAACUUAAAGAAUGUCAAAGUAGAGAAGUCUGAGGUUAGAAUAGUGGAUGAAAAAUCGAGCAUGGACGUAUUUAAGUUUGAAUUAGAUGAAAACUUUGAAAAGAUUCUAUUUUUUAACUCAGAUUAUGCAACAAAAAUGGAAGUUCUGGUGAAAUAUAGCGGAAACCGCUUUGCGUUCUACAAUUAUCUGAAUGACACCAUCAGUAAAAGGUGGACUAGAGAUGAAUCCUUAAGUACUAUUGUUGAUCAAGUUAUUCUAGAUGUUGCAGAUGAGUCCCUUGAGCCAACAGAACAUGAAAUAUCUGUUGAAACGUCUAUUCCUCAAGUAUGGAAGGCAUACUUGUACAGGUUAAGCACCAAUUCUGAACGCUUUAUCAAAUAUCUUGAAAGGUUCAAUUAUAACCCUGGAAAGAUUAUUACUAACUUGCUUGGAAUGGAUGCAGAUGCAGAAGACUUGGCUACAAUUCAGGAUCAGAAUAUGAGAUUUGGAUAUUUGAAACAACUUAUAGUGAUAACUGACAAUGGCGCGUUGCAGGCACUAGACAUGUUAAACAAAGGUGCAGUUAAAUGGAGUAUAACCACAGGAAUCAAUAAUCCUAUUAGAAUUUUCUUCAGUGAUGCCUUUAGAGAUCUGACUGUCUUUGGCAAAGAUGGUUCAUACAAAAUUUACAAAGUAGACAACUCAUUGCAUAUUAAGGAAUCUAUAAGUGGAUCAAUUGGCUCCCCCAUUGAGUCUGUUCAGCCCUUUUUAGUGGAUAAUUCAACAGACAAAUUUGUUGUUAAAUUUACCAACGGUUCAAAGAAAGUUAUUUCCACUACUGAGAAACGUAUCUCAUUAGAUGGCAAUCCAGUUUUCAUUACAGAUCACACCAAAUUCACAGUUGAGGGAUUCGCUGUGGAUAAAGAUGGUAAUGCAAAGUCAACAUGGAAAUAUAAGGUUCAACCUGACGAAGAAAUUGUAUCUUUUAGACAACGUGAGUCUAAGAGAACUGUCAAUGUAGGAACGGUACUGGGUUCAAGGGAUGUUCUGUACAAAUAUUUAUAUCCCAACUUAGCUGCCUUUGCGAUUGUCAACAAGCAAAGUCAAAAACUAACGACAAAUUUAAUGGAUACGGUAACAGGGCAAAUAUUGCAUUCACAAUUUCAUGAUGAUAAAAUGGAUACUGAUUUUCCGGUCAAUAUAAUAUUUGGUGAAAACUGGUAUAUUUACAGUUAUUUCAGCAUGGCUCCACUGCCAGAACAGAAGAUCGGUGUAGUGGAACUCUAUGAAUCGCUGACACCAAAUCAAAAGUUCUCUAACAAUACUGGGUUGACUGAAGCAAUGGCUGGUGUUCACAAACCAGCCGCGAUUGCUAAUACAUUUUAUUUUCCUGACAUUAUUAAAAGAUUAGAACUGUCAGAAACCAAGUAUGAUAUUACUACUAAAGCUGUUAUUAUUGUUCUUGAAAAUGGCCAAAUUACAUAUGUCCCUAAAUUUCUUUUGAAUGCUAGAAGAGUCGAAGAAUCUAAAAUGUCGGAUGAUGACAAGAAAGAAUUCAUGGCAACUCCUUAUGUUCCAGGUAUUCCAUUAACAGACAAUUUAAUUCUAUCACAUUAUAGAGAUGUCAUCUUAGGUGAAGAAAUAAAGAUUGUCUCUUCUGCAACCAAUUUGGAAUCUACUUCAAACGUUUGUGCCAUUGGUCUUGACGUUUUCUGUACUAGAAUAACGCCAUCUGGUCAAUUCGAUGUCAUGAGCCCAGGAUUCGAAAAAGGAACUUUGUUGACUACAAUUGGUGUUUUGUUUCUCAUAUGUGUGGCUUUACGUCCAUAUGGUGCUUCAAAGAAAUUGAAAGCGAUUUGGACAGUUAGAGACUAA